AUGUGGCCCUUUACAUCAGAGGAGCACGUCAUCUCCUACAUCCACGAAGCAGAAUCCUAUUUGCUUCGUCUCAUGGUGAGGCAUGAAGCUGCCACGGAUUGCAGCAUCGUCGUUUACUUGCCCCACCGCGACCUGAUGGAACAGAUAGCCGACAUUGGUAUCAAACGGGAUAAGGAUCGUGAGCGCCUCACAGAGGUGUCUUGGAGCAUCCUCAACGACGCCAUGCACACCAACGUUCCCCUCUAUUCCCCUCCCUUUGUAAUUUCUCUGGCCGCCAUUCAUAUGGCAUCGUCCUUUGAAAACAUUGACAUAACGACCUGGCUCGCCAAGCAGCAAGUCGAUGCCGAAGCGUUGGUCGACAUUAUGCAAGCUCUGCUCAACUACUACCGCUUCUAUGCUACGGUACGUUGCAAGUGCAAGCCCAACACUGGCUCUUGUCGACGCAUCAGCACACCGCUAGCCACCUGA